CUCACUCCCACUGAACCAACACACCUUGAAAUCUGAACCCAACAUGUCAAAGCUGGGUCUUCUCCGAACCUCAAUCAGAUCAACCCUCGCCGCCCGUACAUCCCUGUCACAAACCCACCGCCUCCUCGCUUCCCUCCUCCGCGACCCGCCGCGACGCUUCUCCACCGCAGCGGAGCAACCGCCGCAGAACUCGGCACCCGGACAACCACCGUCUCUAGAUGCAACAGUCGACCAAAUUGUUCGAAACCCAAACACAGGUGCAGCGGUGUAUGGGAAAUUGGUUGGGAUUACGAGGAAUACGUUGAGGACUGACGUUGUCAACUUGCUGGAAGGCUGUAAUUUGACUCUGGAAGAUGUUAAAGUCCACUACAAUGGGCCUUUCAUUCCCACUGGAAUGCUGGUGCAAUUUCCUUCACAAAGAGAAUUUGAGAAUGCGGUUAGAGUGCUUAGAGGCCGGGGCCUGGCCCAGGUGUUCAGAUUGCAAAGGUUGGAUCGACACUUGUGGGAUGAUAUACCUCAUUAUGAUGGAAAAACUGUGUUAAUAGAGGGGAUCCCUCGAACUGCGCUUCAGGAAGAUGUGGAGCGCUUUCUGUCUGGGACUCCAUAUGAGGGCUCCUCCAUUAAAAUCUUUAUGAAACAAGGUUCCAUCAGAAUGGCAACUGUUCAAUUUCCUUCGCAAAUCCAGGCGAAGAAUGCAUACAUCACAAAGAACAAGGGCUUCAUUCUAAACGAUCAAGUCUUGAUGCGUGUUCUCCAGUAAUGUGUGUUAGUUUCUUCGUUCCCUCUGUCAGUGUAGCAUGGCUGGGAGACAUAAGAUGAGGACAGGAUAUGUAGUUUUACUCUCUAAUUGUGAUGAGGACAGGAUAUGUAGUUUUACUCUCUAAUUGUGAUGGUGACAGUAUUCGACCCUUAGAGAUAUUCUACCCUCUUAUAGCAUGCUUGAAAAUUUUCCCUUUAUAACACAUGCGUAUGGUUUCUACAUUUUCAUUUGGCUCUCAUGAAAACAGGUUCUCCGUUCUUGCACAUUGAAAUUCAUAGGGAAGUGUCAAAUAUAUGAAUAUAUCACAGGAAAUUCUGAUUGUAUUGCCUGUAUUACAGGGUG